CAAACAUGGCGGCUUUUACCGGUACCAAACUUCAACGAUGUCUAUCACAGUUUGGAGGCUCGGCAUUAACCAUUAAACCAAAUAAAAGGCUACUGAAAACUAUGUUGAAGCCUAAUGCGUGUAUGGCUCGACAUUUGGCUUUCAAUUCGUUCCCCUGGAAUCAAAGCAGCUCAGACAUUUACCCCGCAGACCCUCGUGACCACUGUUUUUUUGGAGCCUUACUUUUUAGACUAACCUAUGGGCAACAGUCAGGCAAGGCUUACAUGAGGUCAUUUAAGGACUGUGUCAUGAUAGUCAGCAAGUUGAUAGGUCAGAUGGAUCCCAAAAACAAUCUGAGUGGUCUUUUAGGUUCUAGACUGGAUAGAUUUCUGAAGGAAGCUUUCAAAGCUAUUUUAGAACACAACUGUAAGCUGCAUCUGGAGGUGACAGAUGUGUCCAAUCUCAGCGUAAUAGGUAUUCGGAGAGUGCAAGGUCCAUUAGAGCCAAACAGCGAGUGCUAUCUCUUCAGCGUUGUCGGUCAACAGUUCAUUAUUCCUCCUAUUGGCUACGAAACAAUAGAGAACGCCGAUUCAAUCAUGAGGUUUAUCGAAGAGCUGACUGCUGAAAAAUUCCAAAUGGUUAUCAAGUUUCGAGCAAAGGAAACAUUUUAUAUUACUGGAUCUGAUGGGGAGAUAUUAAGUGGUUCUAAAAACUCAGUUUCAUCGUACCACAUGUGGGUGUUUGAAACUGCAUUUCCUCUUUCAUGGAGAGUAGCGGAUAUCGACAAUUAUGUUCACAGGAGAUCCAAAUACAAAAGAACCUUUCACCUCUUGGAUUGAGAGAACUCUCUUGAAGUCUGAAGCCCGCUCGACCGCACGAAGUCAAAGACAGCGCCUUAAAAACGAGUUGAAAAUCUCGAUGGGUUGAGUCAGGAAUUUUUACUUUCUGAAAAUCUCUACUGUUAUCAAAAUCUCUACUGUUUUUUCUCUACUGUUAUCAGUUUUUAAAUUAAACUUCAAUAUAAGUGAAUGUUUACGAUUUCAAGCUGGAAAAACGGGGCAAGAAAUAA